UUCAGUUUAUGUGAAUAUGUUCAUCUACCUCUCGAAGAAGAUUGCCAUCCCGAGCAACAUAUCACUCAAGUGUAUCAGCUGGAACAAGAACAAAGGGUAUAUUGCAUGUGGAGGAAAAGAUGGGUUGCUCAAGGUGCUCAAAUUAGAGUCCCAGACAGACGGGGAGGUGCGUGGUCUGGCAGCUCCUAGCAGUCUCUCCAUGAACCAGACUCUGGAAGGUCAUUCAGAUGCCGUGCAGGUGGUUAUGUGGAAUGAACAGCAUGCAAAACUGACUACGAGCGAUGUCAAUGGACUCAUCAUUGUGUGGAUGCUUCAUAAGGGUUCGUGGUUUGAGGAGAUGAUCAACAACAGACAGAAGAGUGUAGUGAGGAGUAUGUGUUGGAACAGGGCGGGGGAGUUGAUCUGUAUAGUGUACGAGGAUGGGGGAGUGAUAGUGGGCACUGUGGAUGGGAACAGAGUGUGGGGCAAGGAACUCAAACAGAGUCUCACCCAUGUCGAGUGGUCGCCAGAUAGUAAGAACCUCCUGUUCGCCAUGGCCAAUGGAGAAGUGCACAUCUAUGACUCACAGGGAAACUUCAUGUCCAAAGUGCAGACUGACUUCUUCUCUCCCCUGGGCAAAGUGGCAGCCCUCACCUGGUACAAUGGGGGAGGGGGAUCUCCAGCUGAGAAUGCGAACAGUCUGGCUAUAUGUUACGAAAGUGGAAAGUGUCAGAUCAUGAAACACCAUAUGGAUGAUGAGCCUUUCUUAGUGGACACUAACAUGACCAUUGUGUGUGCUGAUUGGAACCACAAUGGAAGUUGUCUAGCCAUAGCUGGCAAACAGCCUCUUUCUGCUGUUGCUGAUGGCGGAGAUCAAGGAGGCAAGAAGAGUAGCUCGAACACCAAUGCCAUUCAGUUCUUCUCACACACUGGAGAGCAUCUGAGGAGCCUGCGAGUGCCUGGAAACAGUAUCGAGUCCUGCUCCUGGGAGGGUGGGGGACUCAGAAUUGCACUGGCAGUCGACUCACACAUAUACUUUGCAAACAUCAGACCCAAAUACAAGUGGGGAUACUGCAGCAGCACAGUAGUGUAUGAGUUUGCGGAUGAGUCAGGCUGCACCCAAGUGGCCUUCUGGGAUGUGAAGAACAUGGAGUUACACAAGAAGAAACUGCCCUCAUCCACACCCCUCCUACUCAUAGCUGCACAAGGCGAGUACUGUUGCAUGGCGUUGAAAGUGGAGACAGGAACAGGAGGCAGCAGUAGCGCCACCAUCCACCAUGACUCAGCCAGAAGAGACGAGUACCAACUGGUGCUCUAUAACUCAAUUGGCACUCCACUCGAACAGAAGACUAUCUACUUUGAACCCACCCUCCUGUGUAUGACUGGUAGUCUGGUGAUCGCGGCUAACAAGGACGUGUUUUACGCGUGGCAGUUCACUGACCCGAUUAAACUCAUGUCUGCCGAUGUGUCCCUACAAGCCAGCAAACACAACCUCAAGGAGUGGUUGAUCCACAUUGACAACACGAUGAGUGAUACUAAACAAUCGACCUCCUCAAUUCAAAAUGUGAUGGUCACCUUUGACUCGUGGGCCAAAGCAGACAGAGAAUCAAUUGACCCAAUCUGUGCUAUUACUGCCUCACAGACUGUGCUGUUGGUUGCAAGAACAUCCGGGACGAUCAACUGUUACGCUCUGCCGAAGAUGGUGUUCAACAACAAAAUACAGACGGAUAUCAGAGCAUACAACCUCUAUAUCAACUGCAAUUCUUCGCGUUGCUGUGUGCUGGACAUUUCUGGCGUCUUGACAAUGUGGGAUAUCGAAGCUACAAACGUGGACAAAGCUGGAAACGAGGUUAUUGGCAAGCAGCUGGAGCUAGAGAGAAAGGAUGUGUGGGAUGUGUGUUGGAGCCGAGACGAUCCACAAUUGCUGGCUCUUAUGGAGAAGACGAGGAUGUACAUUAUUAGGGACAGCGAGCCAGAAGAACCAGUCCAGUCUUCUGGCUACUUGUGUAGUUUCGACAACCUUCAGGUGCGAAGUGUGUUACUAGAUGAGGUGUUGAUGGCUCCCGAACAGUGCAGACGAGACAACAUCAUAGACAGAGAAGCCAGGUCUCUGCGUGACCUGAGGGAGAUGGUGGGCAAGAUAUCUCUGGAAGACACAAAGCAGUACAUACAGGACAACCCACACCCCAGGCUGUGGAACCUGCUGGGCGAGAAAGCCCUGGAACAGCUGGAACUAGACGUGGCGGAGACAGCGAUGGUGCAGUGUAAAGACUACCCAGGCAUCCAGUUUGUGAAGAGAAUCAAGCUGCUUCAGAAUGACACUCUGAGGAAGGCGGAGGUGGAGGCCUAUUUGAACAGAUUCGACCAGGCUGAUAAAUUGUACUACGAGAUGGACAGAAAGGAUUUAGCAGUUGAGUUGCGGCAGAAGUUGGGUGACUGGGUGAGAGUGGUGCAGCUGCUCAAGGCCGGAAGUGACGGGGGAGACGACACGAGACUGGAGUACGCCUAUAAUGCCAUUGGGGACUACUACGCCGACAGACAACACUGGUCCAAAGCAGUAGUGUACUACAGCCAAGGACGCAGCCAGGAGAAGCUAGCCCAUUGCUACUACAGUCUGGAGGACUUCGAGGCACUGAGCAAGAUGGCCUCCCACCUGUCUGAGAACCACCCCCUGUUGCCACAAAUAGCAGAGAUGUUUGUAUCUGUCGGCAUGUCACAGGAAGCAGUCGAUGCAUACAAAAAGUGUGGAAAGGUGAGUGAAGCAAUGGACUGUUGUAUCAUGCUGAACCAGUGGGAUGCGACGAUAGAACUGGCCAAACAGUCCAACUCUCGAGACAUCGACAACAUGCUGGCCAGGUAUGCAACUCAAUUGAUUGAGAAGGGAAGAAUCGUGGCGGCUGUGGAGCUGUACAAGAAAGCGGGAGAUUACAUUCAAGCGGCGAAGAAACUAUUCGAGAUAGCGAAAGAGGAAAUUGGGAAGAAAAGCAGUCCCCUUCGCAUCAAGAAGAUCUACGUGUUAGCAGGCAAGCUGGUCGAGAUGCACAGGGAAAAGUCACUCGGCACCAGAUACAAGUCAAAGAACAGCGAUGCGUUAACUGGUCUGCUCGAUGGCGAUUCCUUUUCCGCCAAUGACUCUAGGAUACUGGACAAUGCAUGGAGGGGUGCAGAGGCAUUCCAUUUCUACGUACUCGCUCAAAGACAGUUCUACGCAGAGAAGACGGAGAUGGCAAUGAGGACGUGUAUGCAGCUGGUGGACUAUGAGGACUACAUUGACCCCAUGUCCAUCUACUCCCUCCUCGCCCUCAGUGCAAUCAGAUGCAGGAGUUUCGACAUGGCUUCCAAAGCAUUUGGAAGAUUGGAGGAAGUUGCAAGUGAGGGUGAGGAGAAAGAAGAAAUAGCACAACUGGCAGAGACUAUUUUUGUUCGACACCCUCCGAAAAGCAAGGCUAGUCUAGACAGGGACACAUGUUUGAACUGCGGAGAGGCCAGUCUCUAUAAAUGGUCGAAGCAGUGUGAGAAUGAGCAGUGCAAUAGCAAGUACCCCAUCUGUGUCCUGUCUGGCAGACCCAUCCUCAACUGGUCCUUCUGGGUGUGUCCCUCCUGCAAACACAAGGCUGACUCUAGGUUGAUUCCAACCACAUCCAACCUGGAGGGAGGAGGGGUCCAUUGGUGUCCCUUGUGUCACAUGGAACCUAUGACCAAUGCGCAACAGACCACGGCCAGAUAAAAGUCAAAAAGAUCAGAAACAUGAAUAGAAAGAAGAAAGGAAAAAUGUUAACUUGUUGUCAAAUGUGACUCUAAUAUGACGUGAGUUUGGACGAUGAUUUCUAAUUGAGUCGACCCCUUUGUCACAACAGACAUUAGACCUUAAACUCCGAGUCGUUUUCGUUUUUGAGUGCUCAGUCCAAGUGUCCCUAAUACAUCUUGAAUUGGUAGAAAUAGGUUAAUUGCUUUUGUAGAGGCCUACUAUUCAUAUCUAUCUCCAGGAAUUUGAAAAAAAGAGAAGUAAAUAGAAAGAAAACUAUGGAAUUUAACUUUUUCCCGUUUAACCAUUUUCCCGUUUAUUAUUUUCCACAUCUUGGAAUCGUAAUUGAAAUUUACUUUCUUUUUGGCAGAAAUAGUUCCGUAAUUUAAAGCUCGAGGGGUGUCAUUUUAAUGAGAUAAAUGUCAAAAUUGGAAAAUCAUGUUAUAAAUGUCGAAGUUUGUGAAAACAUCAUUUAACUAAAUUUGUUUUGAUGUGUAAAAAUUGUAAAUAUGUCAAUAAAAAGUCCGAAAAUGUAUUUUAAUGUGAUUUUUGUCAAUACUUUUCGUGAAGUGCGAGUUUUGAUGCUUAAUUU